CUAACACAUAGCAAAUUCAGAAAAAUGGGGAACUCGUUCACAUGCAUAUCUCACGAGCAGGAACAACGUCCCAAGAAAUCUUCCGGCGGAGGAGGAAAUAACUCCGGGAAAUACAAAUACGUGCGUCGUCUGUCGCUGAUGCCUUCAUUUAGAAGGAGGACGCUACUUCCUUCGCUCUCCUGCUCUGGAUCAUCAUCCACUUCGUCUUCCAAGAAAGGCGGGAUCAAAGCAAAGACGAAGAAGAUAAGAGAGAGACAUCAUCAUCAUCAUCAAGACCACGAAAAAGACUCUCAUAUAAUUCAAGAGCAGACACUAGCAGCCACUAAUCUCCUCUUCAACCAAACCCCUCGUAACAGCAACUCUGUUGUUCCUCCUAGUUUCAGACGCUCCACCUCUGUUGUAUAUCCCUCUGCUCAGCCAUCGGGUACCAGCUCAGGACCCGUUUCAGCCGUCCAGACUCCUAAGAAGUCAAGCGCGGGAUUCGUAAGAAGCUCUAGCUCUAGGCAAAGGUCCAGUACCGAUCCCAUGAUCAAGCCUAACCAGCUCGUUGACAAGGAGCUAAAUAAGGUGGAAGGUUCGGAGACGAAGCGGUUUGUGCUGGUUCAUGGUGGUGGGUUCGGAGCUUGGUGUUGGUACAAAACCAUAACUCUUUUAGAGAAGCAUGGUUUCCAAGUCGAUGCUGUUGAGUUGACCGGUUCAGGUGUGAGCUCGAUUGACACAAACAACAUCACCAGCCUCGCUCACUACUCCAAGCCUCUCCUCCAUUUCUUCGAAUCCCUCAAACCCACCGAGAAGGUGAUACUGGUGGGACAUGAUUUUGGAGGAGCUUGUAUGUCCUAUGCGAUGGAGAUGUUUCCUACAAAGAUCGCCAAAGCUGUCUUUAUCUCUGCUGCUAUGUUGGCUAAUGGCCAAAGCACUCUUGAUCUCUUUAAUCAACAGCUGGGGUCAAAUGAUCUGAUGCAACAAGCACAGAUAUUUCUGUACGCCAACGGCAAAAAGAAUCCUCCAACUGCCGUUGAUUUUGACAGAUCUUUGCUUAGAGACUUUCUCUUUAAUCAAAGCCCUCCAAAGGACCUCGCAUUGGCAUCGGUAUCCAUUAGACCGAUCCCAUUCGCACCGGUCAGCGAAAAGGUUCACGUGUCGGAGAAAAACUACGGUUCUAUCCGACGGUUCUACAUCAAAACCAUGGAAGAUUACGCUGUACCGGUUCUUCUCCAGGAAGCAAUGAUCAAAUUGAACCCACCGGAACAAGUUUUUCAGCUCAAAGGCUCCGAUCACGCACCGUUCUUCUCUCGGCCUCAGUCCUUGAACAAAAUCCUCGUCGAGAUAUCUCAAAUACCGUUCAAGAAAUCAUCCUGAUAUUUUUGUAAACCGGAUACAUGUAAACCAAACCGGUUCUAGGAUUCUUGUUACAUUUUAGAGAUUUGUUUUUGAAAGUUGCUCUGACAGUGAGAAGAACAAAACCCAAUUUGGGAAACUUGUUCUUAAUUUUUUUAUUUAUUUUUGUCAUUUAUUACUAUUUAAUUUUUCAUUUUUUUUCUAACAACAUUAUAUAUUA